CAGGGAGUCCUCCUGCUGCGGGCAGUCAAACGUGACCUGUUUGAGGGCCCAAGAGUGCCAACGGACCCCUGGAGAGCGGCUAUGAAGAGAGCGGUUCCUCACAACUCCAGAUGGGCAGAGACGCGAUCCAGAGUGGUUUACGCGGUGUGCUCAGCCACCUUCGCCUCCUGGAGGCUGCUCACCCUGGGGGCGGGGUACGAGGACACCUGGGCAAAGUCGCCUGACAGGAAGCCCCGCACCGGGCAGCGGGCUGAGGAGAAGGGGGAGGAGGCCGAAGACCAGGAGGAAGGAGAGCCAUCGUGGAGAUCCGCUGACUCCAACGCCGGACACAAGUAUGACACAGUUGUUCACCUGGACGGAGGACGGAGAGGUGGAGUCCAUCAGCUCGUCUGGAAGCACGACACCCUCCACAGCAUCCCAUGGCCCCACAGAAUGGCUCGCUUCGCCGAGGACCUGCCCAGUCGCUAUGGAGCAGGAGGAGGCGCGGGCGGCGGCGGAGGAGGAGGAGGAGGAGGAGGCAGAGGUGGACCGGGCGCCGGGAGAGGGGGAGCCCGGGGCGGCGGCGUCGGCGGCGUCGGCGGCGCUCCGGGCGGCCAGAGGAUGUACAAGCAGUCGAUGGCCCAGCGAGCCCGGACGAUGGCCAUUUACAACCCGAACCCCGUCAAACAGAACUGCUUCACCGUCAACCGCUCGCUCUUCAUCUUCCGCGAGGACAACCUCAUCAGGAAGUACGCGAAGAGGAUAACCGAGUGGCCUCCGUUUGAAUACAUGAUCCUGGCCACGAUCAUCGCCAACUGCAUCGUCCUGGCCCUGGAGCAGCAUCUCCCCGCCAGCGACAAGACGCCCAUGUCGGAACGCCUGGAUGACACAGAGCCCUACUUUAUUGGAAUAUUCUGUUUCGAGGCCGCCAUUAAGAUCAUCGCCCUGGGCUUCGCCUUCCACAAAGGCUCCUACCUCCGCAAUGGCUGGAAUGUAAUGGACUUUGUGGUCGUCCUCACGGGAAUCUUGGCCACGGUGGGUUCAGACUUUGACCUGAGGACGCUGCGGGCGGUCCGCGUGCUGAGACCCCUGAAACUUGUGUCGGGAAUCCCCAGUCUCCAGGUGGUGUUGAAGUCCAUCAUGAAAGCCAUGGUUCCCCUGCUGCAGAUCGGCCUGCUGCUCUUCUUCGCCAUCGUCAUGUUCGCCAUCAUCGGGGUGGAGUUCUACAUGGGCAAGUUCCACACCACCUGCUUCAGGAUCGACACGGGUGAGAAAGCAGCCGGCAACUGGCCUUGCGGUCUGGAGCCGCCGGCCAGGACGUGUCCCAACGGGACCCAGUGCAGGGAGUACUGGACCGGACCCAACUUCGGCAUCACCAACUUCGACAACAUCCUGUUUGCGGUGCUCACCGUGUUCCAGUGCAUCACCAUGGAGGGCUGGGUGGAAAUCCUCUACAGCACCAACGACGUGGCAGGAAACACCUGGAACUGGCUCUACUUCAUCCCCCUCAUCAUCAUCGGGUCCUUCUUCAUGCUCAACCUGGUGCUCGGUGUCCUAUCAGGAGAAUUUGCCAAAGAGAGAGAGCGCGUGGAGAAGAGGCAGGAGUUCCUGAAGCUCCGGCGGCAGCAGCAGAUCGAGAGAGAGCUCACCGGGUACCUGGAGUGGAUCUGCAAAGCGGAGGAGGUGUUGCUGGAGGAGGAGGAUGAGAUCGCAGAGGAGAAGUCCCCGCUGGACGGUGCGUGGUACAAGAGGAAACAGAACCUGCCAGUUCUGAAACGAGGCAAAGUCAAGAAAGGUAAAAACGACCUGAUCGGCGCCGAGGAGGGGGAGGAUCCGUUCGCCGACAUCUCCUCCGUCGCGCCCCCCGGCUCUCCGUUCGGCCGAGCCAGCGUGAAAAGCGGCGGCGGCGGCGGCAAGAUGGACAGCUCGUCGUACUUCCGCCGCAAGGAGAAGAGGACCCGCUUCUUCAUCCGACGCAUGGUGAAGGCCCAGAGCUUCUACUGGAUCGUCCUGUGUCUGGUGGGACUCAACACGCUGUGCGUGGCCAUCGUCCACUACGACCAGCCCGACUGGCUCACGAGGGCCCUCUACACGGCAGAGAUCGUGUUCCUGGGCCUGUUCCUGACGGAGAUGAGCAUGAAGAUGUACGGCCUCGGAGUGCGGAAUUAUUUCCAUUCGUCCUUUAACUGCUUCGAUUUUGGGGUGAUCGUGGGGAGCAUCUUCGAGGUGAUCUGGGACAUGAUCAAACCGGGGGCGUCGUUCGGGAUCAGCGUGCUGAGAGCGCUGCGGCUGCUCCGGAUAUUCAAAGUCACCAAAUACUGGAACUCGCUGAGGAACCUGGUGGUCUCCCUCCUGAAUUCGAUGAAGUCCAUCAUCAGCCUGCUCUUCCUCCUCUUCCUCUUCAUCGUGGUCUUCGCCCUGCUGGGCAUGCAGCUCUUUGGAGGACAGUUUAACUUUGAAGAAGAGACGCCGACAACCAACUUUGAUACCUUCCCAGCAGCCAUCCUCACUGUGUUCCAGAUUCUGACCGGCGAGGACUGGAACGCCGUGAUGUACCACGGGAUCGAGUCUCAGGGAGGCGUCCGCCGCGGCAUGUUCUCCUCCGUCUACUUCAUCGUCCUCACGCUCUUCGGAAACUACACUCUCCUGAAUGUCUUCUUGGCCAUCGCCGUCGAUAACCUGGCCAACGCACAGGAGCUGACGAAGGACGAAGAGGAGCAGGAGGAGGCGGCCAACAAGAAGCUGGCCCUGCAGAAGGCGCUGGAGGUGAAGGAGGUCAGCCCCAUAUCGGCGGCCAACAUCUCCAUCGCCGCUUUUGUAAAGCAAAAUCGAGAGGCUCUCUCUCGCAGGUCGUCCAUCAACAGCAUUCAGUCACCGAGUUUUACUGUCUUCUCCUCCCCCGCCCGGCGAAUCUUGAGUAAGGAGCAGCAGCGGUCGAUGAAGAGCAUGUCGGUGUGGGAGCAGAGGACCAACCAGCUGAGGAAACACACCCUGAGGGCGAGCAGCGAGGCGCUGUUCAACGAGCUGGACCCCGAGGAGCGCCUGCGCGUGUCCUCCGCCCUCCACCUGCACCCCGACAUGAAGACCCACCUGGACCGGCCGCUCGUGGUGGAGGCCAGGAACGGCGACAAGCCCAGCAGGCCUCCCGAAGGGGGCGGGCGGGAGGAGGCGGGGGACGACGGCGUCCACGCGCACGCCAGGAAGCAUCACCGCCACCGCGACCGAAACGGGGAGAGCAGCGACGGCAGGGGAGGGCGGCACCAUGCCCAUCACAGCAGGAGCCGAGAUCACAACGCCGACGGCGCCCAGACGGGGGAGGGGAGGCUGGAGAGGAGCCGCAGCCGCGAGGGCGCGCCGGGGCACAGGCACCACCACCACCACCACCAGGCGGGCUCCCCCGAGGAGGAGGGGGAGGAGGAGGCGACCAAUGGCGUGCACGCGGGAGACGAGAGGGGAAAUCUGCAUCACCAUUCCCACCGUCCGCAGAAAGAGGGGAACGGGAUGAUGGCGAACGGCGCACAGGGAGAGCGCAAGGGGAGGGGAGGGGGAGGGGGAGGAGGAGGAGGGGGGGGGGAUAGUAACGGGGAGAGGAAGGGACGCUGCUCUCGCAUGGUCCGAGCUCAGUCCACCCUGGAUGGAGACGACUGUAGGAGGAACAGAAAUGGAGCCAGGGGCCACAGGGACAGGCAGCCAGACGCCGAGGACAACGGCCUCGCCUCCAGUCCUCUGCAGCUGAUGCGCAGCAGCCCGAGCCUCGGGGAGAAGCAGGAGGACGCCGACAACCAGAAGAACUCCACCAGGGCGAGCCAGGCGGGCCUCAACAGCAACGCCAUCCACAUCCCCGUCACCAUCACCGCCCCGCCCGGGGACACCACCAUCAUACCCAUGAACAGCAUCGACUGUGACAACUUCCAAAUCAGCGACGAGAAGAAGGAUCUGGAGGAGGAGGAGGAGGCGGCUAAUGGGCCGCGGCAGAUCCUGCCCUACAGCUCCAUGUUCGUCUUCGGACAAACCAAUCCGGUGCGGCGGCUGUGUCACUACGUGGUCAACCUGCGCUACUUUGAAAUGUGCAUCCUGAUGGUCAUCACCAUGAGCAGCAUCGCUCUGGCGGCCGAGGACCCCGUGCAGGCCAACGCGCCGCGCAACAACGUUUUGAAGUAUCUGGAUUAUGUCUUCACUGGAGUCUUCACAUUUGAGAUGGUGAUCAAGAUGAUUGACUUGGGGCUGCUGCUGCACCCCGGCUCUUAUUUCCGCGACCUGUGGAACAUCCUGGACUUCAUCGUGGUCAGUGGAGCCCUGGUGGCCUUUGCCUGCUCGAGCCUGAUGGGAUCUCAACAAAGCGUGGCCAGAGGGACCAAAGGGAAGGACAUCAACACCAUCAAGUCCCUCCGGGUGCUGCGGGUCCUGAGGCCACUCAAGACCAUCAAACGUCUGCCCAAGCUGAAGGCCGUGUUCGACUGCGUCGUGAACUCCCUGAAGAACGUCCUCAACAUCCUCAUCGUCUACAUGCUCUUCAUGUUCAUCUUCGCCGUCAUCGCCGUGCAGCUCUUCAAGGGCAAAUUCUUCUACUGCACCGACGAGUCCAAGGGGCUGGAGAAGGACUGCAGGGGUCAGUUUCUGUCCUACGACAGAGACGACGUGGCAGCUCAGCCCCGGGAGUGGAAGAAGUACGAGUUCCACUACGACAACGUGCUCUGGGCCUUCCUGACGCUCUUCACCGUGUCCACCGGGGAGGGCUGGCCACUGGUCCUGAAACACUCUGUGGACGCCACGUACGAGGACCAGGGCCCGAGCCCCGGCUUCCGCAUGGAGACGUCCAUCUUCUACGUGGUCUACUUCGUGGUGUUCCCCUUCUUCUUCGUCAACAUCUUCGUGGCUUUGAUCAUCAUCACCUUCCAGGAGCAGGGCGACAAGGCCAUGUCCGAGUGCAGCCUGGAGAAGAACGAGAGAGCCUGCAUCGACUUUGCCAUCAACGCCAAGCCGCUGACGAGGUACAUGCCGCAGAACAAGCAGUCGUUCCAGUACAAGAUGUGGAAGUUCGUGGUGUCGCCGCCGUUCGAGUACGCCAUCAUGUCGCUGAUCGCCCUCAACACCGUCGUGCUGAUGAUGAAGUUCUACGGAGCCCCAGACCUGUACGAGUCCAUGCUGAAAUACCUGAACAUCCUCUUCACGGCCCUCUUCACCCUGGAGUGCGUCCUCAAGGUCAUCGCCUUCGGCCCUCUGAACUACCUGAAGGCAGCGUGGAACGUGUUCGACUUUGUGACGGUGCUCGGGAGCAUCACGGACAUCCUGGUCACGGAGAUCAAGACGGACAAGAUGAUCAACCUGAGCUUUCUGCGACUCUUCCGAGCGGCUCGCCUCAUCAAGCUGCUGCGGCAGGGCUACACCAUCCGCAUCCUGCUGUGGACCUUCGUUCAGUCCUUCAAGGCUCUGCCGUACGUCUGCCUGCUCAUCGCCAUGCUCUUCUUCAUCUACGCCAUCAUUGGAAUGCAGGUGUUUGGAAACAUCGAGCUGAACGAGGACACGGCGAUCAACCACCACAACAACUUCCAGACCUUCUUCCAGGCCUUGACGCUUCUCUUCAGGAGCGCGACGGGCGAGGCGUGGCACGAGAUCAUGCUGGCGUGCCUCAGCAACCGGCCGUGCGAUCGUCUCUCGGGAACCGCGGGGAAGGAGUGUGGAAGUGACUUCGCCUACUUCUACUUUGUCUCCUUCAUCUUCCUCUGCUCCUUCCUGAUGUUGAACCUCUUCGUCGCCGUCAUCAUGGACAACUUCGAGUACCUGACGCGGGACGCCUCCAUUCUGGGGCCUCAUCACCUGGAUGAGUUCAUCCGCGUGUGGGCGGAGUACGACCCCGCCGCCUGCGGGAGGAUUUGCUAUCAGGACAUGUACAAAUUGUUACGCUUUAUCUCCCCUCCUCUGGGUCUGGGGAAGAAGUGUCCUAACAGGGUGGCUUAUAAGCGGCUGGUGAGGAUGAACAUGCCCAUCGCGGACGACAACACGGUCCAGUUCACCUCCACGCUCAUGGCCCUGAUCCGCACGGCCCUGGAGAUCAAACUGGCGUCCGGGGUCCUGGCGCAGCGUUUGUGCGACGCCGACCUGAAGCGGGAGAUCAGCAGAGUCUGGCCCAACCUGUCGCAGAAGACCGUCGACCUGCUGGUGACGCCGCACAAGUACAACGAGCUGACUGUGGGGAAAGUCUACGCAGCUUUCAUGAUCUUCGACUUCUACAAGCAAAAUCGUGCCAAGAGACUCCAGCAGCAGAACCCGGCCGGAGGACACCAGAGUAAACUGGGGACGCUGUUCCGUCCCGUGCUGCCGCUCACGCACCUGCAGCACGUGGAGCCGCCGGCCUGCAGCCCCAAGCAGCCCCUCCCACCCCAGCCGCAGGCGGACGCCAAGCCAGAGGCCCCGCCCACCAGCGCCACCAUCACCACAGCCGCCGCCCCGAUAAACAGGGACACGAUAGUAAACCAGAGAAGUGCCAUCAAACACUCCCAGUCCGGAGACGUCUCCCAGGCAACGCAGAGGCCCACGGGUCGGAGGAAGCUCCAGAGGGGCCAGUCGGAGGACGUGACGUACUCCACCAGACCUCAGGAGUUGGUUGAACUGAAACAGGUGGAGAACAUUUCCGACUCGGAGGAAUAUCCCAGUCUGGAGGGCCACUCCCGGGCCGCCUCCCUCCCCCGGCUCAAUGCUGAGUACUACCGGAUCCACCCUCGCCACGCCCCUGGGACCCACCUGGCACCGAUCGUCGACCUCAGUCCUAUAAGACGCUCGGCGUCCUCGCUGACGCCGCACCACCACCACCGCCAGGAGGCGGCCGGGCUGAGGGAGUACGACCUGGAGCGGCCCGGCCCGGCCCAGGACAGAGCCCACCACCACCACCACCACCACCGCUGCCACCGACGCAGGGACAAGGACAAGGACAAGAAGCAGAAGUCGCUGGACAGAGCUGGAUCAGUGCAGCCGUCCAGCACCGUCGAUUCGUUCACCGACCCGUCAGCCGAAGGUUUGUCCCGGGAGCGAGCGAGGGAGCGCGACCGCAGCCGGCCUCACGAGCGGAGGCACCACUCCUCGGCCGGGGAGAAGCAGCGCUACUACUCGUGCGAGCGCUACGGCAGCAGGGAGCAGUGUCACGCCAGGUCGGCCGGGCCCAGCAGGUCCACGUCGCCCGGCGACGGGCCGGACGCCGUUCUGCUCAAACACCAUGGUAGCAGUGUGGUCAAGGCCGGCGCCGUGCCGCUCCCCUCUGGCACGAGCACGCCGGGCCGCGGCCGCAGGCAGCUGCCGCAGACGCCCCUCACCCCUCGCCCCGCCGUGGCCUACAAGACCGCCAACUCCUCAGCUGUCCCGCCCGGCGCCGGCAGCAGCACCGCGACGGGACACCAGACUCGCUUCAGCCGUGGCCUUUCGGAGCACGACCGCUUAUUCGGGGACCACGGCGAGUCCCCGACGCCGGUCGCCCGCAUCAGCUCGGACCCUAAUUUGAACCGGCAGCAGCGGGACGCUUCUCAACGGGCCCUCCUCGAGGAGACGGAGGACUUCCAGGACGCUGUGAGCAGCCACGGAGGAGGAGGAGGAGGAGGCCGCGCCGCCAGAACCACCGCCUCAACCACUGCCUCUGCUUCACACGCAACUGCGGCGGCGCCCGUCACAGCGCAGGGCCGAGCGGCGGCGGCGGCGGCGGUGCCGAACGGGUACCACUUCACCCUCGGGGUCCACUCUGGGUCUGGGCCCGGGGGCAGGGGAGCAGGAAGUCUCAGGGAGAGGGAGGAGGAGGACUGGUGCUAACAUGGUCCAACGCUUUGGAAGGAUCGCGGCGAACGGGGCGGGGCGUCGGUGUUGUACAGCGUCGGGAGGGUCCAGAAGGGAAGUGCUGUAAGAGGGGAUCGGAAAUCAUUCCAGUAGUGUUACUCUCCUUUUUUUUAUACAACUAACUCAAAAGAAAAAAGACACCGAUGACUUUUUGUAACCCCCCUUGACUUGCACUGAAACUAUAGCACACGUGAAGACCCUGAAGUAUUCUCGCCUUGGCCAGUAAAGUCAGUGUUGGAGCAGAAGACAAAAAGCCCAAAUCCUCCUCAUUCGUAGAAAAGGAUGAAGCGCGUGUGUUUCAGAGCGACGCCUCGCCCCCGGGGUUUCCUGCUGCACGACACUGAUGCUCUUGUUGUUGCGUUUGCCUUUCGUUCAAGUUUUGCCACGUUGGUUGGACGAGAGUUAUAACUUGAUCAUAUUGAUGCUACCGCCAAAUGAUUUCACCUCCCUUUUCCCCCUUUUCGUUUCAGGUUGAUCACGAGAUUCCAACAAAACCAGAAGUGAUUUAUUUGAGGUCGUAAAUUUACCCGGUAAUUAACGUGACACGAAAAAAAACACCAAAUUCAAUCGAGGGGAUCAGUCAGAACAACGAGGAGAGUUUUAACGACCCGUUGUCUUUUCUCUUUGUAAACCGUCCCAGAUGUAGACGCUCGGGGACUAGAUCCACUCUUCUUCUGACACUUCGUGGCGGAAUAUACCAAGUGCCUCGUUUUUCCCCAGGGUGUAUUGAGAUGGACGUACGGGAAAACAAUGAGGAAAAGGAACAAAGCUCCUGUUUUGAAUCUGGUACAAAGGAGAGAAUGCAAAAAAAAUCAUCAACAUUAUUUUUUGCACUAAAUCUCGUGGUCGGUGAAUCCGGGUGGAAGAUGCGGAGUGAGCGAUGUAGUGCAUGCCCCAAGAAAGAUGAAUAUAGUGUCCGUACUUUUGCGUAAAGGAUGUGUGGUAACAGUAUUUGCCUUUUUCUCUUUUCAAAUAUACUGCCAGUCCGUCGGUGGAACUCGUCUCUGAGUGGAGGAAAGUGCCAUUUUAAAAAAAAGAAUAUUUCUCAGAAAAAACACCCGCCUCCAGUGGCACGUCGCGUCGCCGCCAUGCUCGGCCCCCGAGUUCUUCUCACCUCUUCCCGAUGAGAGCAGUGUUGUGUGAGGCUGCGCCGGCGAGGUUACCUGUGUGUGUGUGUGUGUGUGCGUGUGUGUGUGUGUGUGCGUGUGUGCGUGUGUGCGUGUGUGUGUGUGUUCACAGGUAACACAGCGAGUUGUGUGGUUGUUGUUGCCGCUGCUGACUGUUGACUCAAACGUAGGGCUAUGCAACGAGACGACACUUCCCCGGCCCCUGUAGCUUUAACCUCCUCCGAGAACCUCCAGGUUCAGGCUCUGGUGCGGCCGCGACCAAAUUCGAAACGUUUCAACGUGUGACGAGUUGUAAAUUGUAAAUAUGUUAUAUGAUGUACAGUUGACACGGACAGGCACAAAUGGUAUUGAAGCCCACACACACAACACACACACACACACACACAGGGCCUUCUUUUCUUUUCUGAGGUUGGGGAGUUGACUGCAUGACCAACACGACACAUUCCCAGUCGGCAUAACUUGCAGGAUUUAUCUACAAAGAUAGAAAAAAAAAAGAGCGAAGCCAUCCCCCCCCCCCCCCCCCGUCUGUGCCGCUCGACUGGAAGCUCGUCAGUUCUGACACAAAUAUGAAUUUUUUAAACUAAAAAGGCUCGUUCAUUCCAAGAUUUAUGAGUUAGACCAUAUUCGCACAGAUUUUAUUUUGAUUUCGGCCGCAGGUUGCAAAAUGUUUUAUUAAUUUAAUAGAUUGUAGAUUUGUGUGGAAACUUUUUAGAGGAUAACCUCUUACUAUGUCAUUUUAAUUUUCAUAAAAGUACAGAUUAGAUCAAAAAGAACAGACUCUAAUCUCUAGGCAGGUGUAAAAUGAUUUGCAAAUAUGAUUUGACCCUGAGUCUGAUGAUUUCCUGGUGUUAUGAUUCACUUCCUGUGGUCUCACAUCUGUUCUCCCCCGUGUGAUCGAGCGUCUGAGAGGAGAAACACGACUCGGCUCGUCUUCCCGUUGUCUUAAAGCGUUUCUGUACGUUGCCACAUUGGAACAGAGAUUCUUGUUCUACAGAAGAUUUAAAAAGAAAGAUUUUUUUUAUCAAGCCCAAACAGGGAAGUUUCCAGCUCUGACAGUCGUCUGAGUGGCUGCUGCCCCCUACUGGACAUGUCCUGUUUGCAUGUUCUGGAAAAAGAAAAUGUGCAUGUCAAGAAGAAAAAGAAAAAAAAAAAGAGUCACUGUUUGACUUCAUCAAGUCCACGAUUUGUACAAUUUGUUUCCUGGUUGUAUUUCUCGGAGUCUCUAAAAUACACACGUGUCAGUUUCAGGUAAAGGAAAGAAGAAGAAGAAGAAAAAAAAGAAGCUCGAAUAAGAUUUUAUCACAGAACCGCCAAAGUGGAAACGAGGCUCUGGAAAAAGAGUUUCUGGACUUUGGUUCGAAUCCUUCGCUGCCUGAUCUGUGACUUGACCGUCUCUCCCACGGUCAUUUGGACUCUACCUAUAGAUUUUGUAUGAAUAUAAUAAGUCCUUGAAUAAAGAGGUAUGAUUAUGAAAUGA